ACCCACCAAAGAGGCAAAGACAGCCGCUUUUUUUAUUCGUCUUCACUGUACAGCUAAGAGCUAGAUGUUUGUUUUGAGCCUUUUUGGGAUUUGUCUUUUGCUUUGUGCUUAACUCUUGAACUCACUCAAAAGAGGAAAGGUUUGCUCUUUCUUGAGAGAGAGGGAGACAGAGACAUAGAGAGGAAAUGGAGAAAGCAUUGACGAAAGUUGGAAGCUUGAAAGUUGGUGGGUUAUGGAUCUCGAAGAAAGCUAAGGAGGAGUUCUCUAACAUUACUGAAGACCUCUCUACUUUCUCAAACACUGUUGAAGAGAAGGCAAAAUGGAUUUUCAACAAACUGAAAGGAAAGCCACUGAAAAGCUUGCCGGAUCUCCUCCGAGAGUACAAUUUACCACCAGGGCUCUUUCCCCAGAAUGUUGUCUGUUAUGAAUUUGAUGAAUCAAAGGCCAAGCUGAUUGUCUACUUGUCCUCUCCAUGUGAGGUCAGCUUCAAGGAUUCCUCUGUUAUAAGGUAUGCAACCCGAGUUAAAGGAAUUCUCCUUAGGGGAAAGCUCACAGUUAUCGAGGGAAUGAAGACAAAGGUCCUAGUUUGGGUUAAGGUUACAAGUGUGGCAGUCGAAAGCUGCAAGUCCGACAAGGUAUGGUUUACUGCAGGAGUUAAGAAGUCAAGACCAAAGGAUGCUUAUGAAACACCCCGGGAUGCUGUCCGAGUUGAAGAAUUUUGAGUACAGAAUAUGCAUCACUGUUAUUUUGCUAGGAUAGAGAGCAUAACUACUGCUAGUUAUUUUAUAUAAUAACAUAUUUUUCCCCGUUAUUUAACAAGAUAAAUCGCAUUACUACUCAGAAAUCAAAUCACCUCUUGGAGAGCUUAUUUGUAGACCUUGAUGGCAGAAUGCAUCUUAGACUCAAUAUUCUUCACCCUUUGUUAGUAGUGAGCAUUGGCUGAAUUGUUGAACUCCAACUGUAUUAUCUAAUGCUUCCAAUACUCUUGCCUUGCUGCUUCGCAUUUCAUUGCAAAAGUGUGAUCCCUAUAAAUUGUUUUUUCUGGCUCUGAAAUAUAUGGCAAUGCUACC